AUGCCAGUGCCGCGCCUUGCCUAUGAACCAGCAAACAAAGCGCUAGUUAGGUUACAAAGCUCGCUGUUUGUUCCAGCAAUAGAGAACGCACUGCUACCCUUGUUCUUCCACCAGCCUAAAUUCACCACUUAUGAGGGGAAGUUAGAUCCUUACAUGCACUUAAGCCACUUCCGUCAGGUUAUGGCCAUAUAUCGACGGGACAAGGCUCUAAUGUGUAUCUUGUUUCCAUCAAGCUUAGGCGAUCUGGGCUUGACAUGGUUUGAGAGGUUGCCAAAAGGCAGCAUAGCUUCAUGGGCGCAACUUGUAGUGGCAUUUGUUACCAGGUUUAAGAAAAACACCGAGACGCUGGUGGAGAUAAACCAGCCGCUCUCCAUCGACAUGGGUGAGAAAGAAACACAAAAGUCUUACAAUAACUGGCAUUGGGAGACUUUUAAUCAAAUUGGAGAUUUCCCCACAAACCUAGCUAUCACACAGUAUAAACGGGGUCUACUAGCGGGUAAUAAAUUGAGGGAUUCAAUGACAAUGAUGCCACCCUUCAGAAUGGAGGCCUUGAUGGAGAGAGUGCAUCAGCACAUCAGGGUAGAUGAAGAUGGUGCUUGCGCCAAGGCAAAGUCCAGCAUAAUAGCGAUGUCGGACAAAAAAUCAGCGGCAAAAGUUAACACGAUUGGCCAGGAAGAAUGA